GCAGAGGUUGACUGUUGGACAGAAAGGCAACGGACAGAUGCUCCUCACAACGCACAGCAGAGACUUCUCCAUAGAGACCAGUCAGGCAGGAGAUACUGGAGGCUAAAGCGGCUGGACAGUGGAUGAACUGACUAGACUGGACAAUGAUCAGAGCACACGCAGGAAAUCAGAAUAGUGAUCCUCGGUAUUUAAGGAGAGUUACAGCAGCCUUGGAGUAGCACUAGGCAGUAAGAGCUGGAGUCGGAGCAGUCUGUUCUCUACGAGUCUACAGUAAGCCCAGUUACACAAAUAAGGGGACAUCACCUGUUGCAGUGUGGGUCUAGGGUAACUUUGAUGUGUGUUAUACGCUGUGGAACACUGAGACAUAGAGAUGACUGGAGCCCUCCUGUCUGGGCUUCUGCUCUGUUGCAUAGUGGUGCUGUGUGAAUGUGAGCCAACACAACCGGGGCCAGACAAAGGAGAGAUGGACUCAGGUGAGGGCAGUCUGGUCCAUCAAACAUCAGACUGGGUGUUCCAGCUGGUCAACGUAUCCCUGGACCUCUCCCAGGCAGAGAGCUUCUGCAGCGGCCAGUUCAGCUCCCUCACCACCCUGGGCCAGCCUGAAGAUGAGGAGGGAACCCUGGCGCUCCAGAGGCGGGCAGGCCUGCAUGGACCCAUGUGGGUCAGGGACCCCAACAGACCAAUGAGCAGGCCUCUGGCACUAGCCAAACAGUACAUGCUCUUCCAAGCCCUGAACUUUCCCAGGGAUUCUCAGGAGGGCUACGGUCGUGUCAACAUGAUGUUCCCGGCCCUGCCAGCGGUGAGCGUGUGUGUCCGCGUGCAGUGGGACCCCCAGUGGGACCAGGUGUCCACCAUGUACUCCUACGCCGCACCUGUCUUCACCAAUGAGUUCCAACUGCGCGGGCAGGUGGACAGAACAGGACGCAUACUGCUGGCGCUCAUUGUCCACGGGCAGCACUUCCCCUACAAGGCCUCCUUCCUCAACGAUGGGGCCUGGCACCACCUCUGUGUUACUUGGCGCAAGGCUGACGGCCACUGGGCCAUUUAUGUGGACGGGGAGAGAGGGGCCAUGGGCUCCAGGACUAACACCCCCAGGGACAUACAUGGAGAGGGCAUACUUAUCCUGGGGCAGGACCAGGACUCAUUUGGAGGGAACUUCACUGAACCCUUCGUAGGGAAUAUCACAGAUCUGAAUGUCUGGGACACAUCCUUGGAGCAGAGGCAGUUCCGUGCCCUGGACGGCUGCUCACCUUUGACCCAGAAAGCUAUCUUUACCUGGAGUAUUGAUAAUAUGACCCGUCACCCAGUGGUAAAAGAGGUGUCAGCCAAUCUGUUCUGCCCAGGGGUCCACAGGCAGAGGGAGAUGCAGGGCUGCAGGGCUCUAGAGGGCUGGUCUAGCCAACAGCUCCCCUUGUACAGCUCUGCAGGCUGCUCCACCACACUCCCCUUCAUCUGCAGGACCAGCAGGGAGCGCUAUGUUAAGAUGAAGGGGUUGAGUGAGUUACAGAGCUCCCAUCCCAGUCCCUUCAUGAACCUCCUCAUGCAGCUCUCCAAUGGAACCCAGGGUGUGGAGGGUGUGAUUGGGGAGCAGUCAGGGGGUCAGAUGAGCUGGGGUCAGGUGUCCAGUCUGCUCAACAUGUCCAGGCAGGCCCUGGAAGACACCAAAGAGGGGCUGCAGCCUAGAGACAUGCUGUCCCUGGUCCAACUGCUAGUGCGGGCUGCAGACGUGCCCACAGACAUGGCCACGGAGGGGAACCACAGCUGGGCCACCAACAGCGCUGGGGAGCUCAGCCACACCUUCAUCACUGUGGCUGACAGCAUCAUCAGCCAGGACAACGUCCCCAAGUGGCAGGCCAUCAAACAGGUGGUGAGUGGACCGAUGACUGUGGUCAGGAGUAUUGACCGCAUGGUGACCAGUCUGAGCACUCGGCUGAUGGCAGAAACCGACCAUCUGCUCAUUCACAGCUCCAGCAUCAAGCUGGAGGUCCAGCAGCAGAGUCUGGGAGAGGAAUCCAGUGGGUCUAAGUUCUGUGGGCCAGUGGUGGACAGCAACACCAACAUAGACUGCAUCUCAGUCCCCACACAGAACAUGCAGGAUCUCCAUGACAACGGCUUCCAGAUGGUGACUGUGGUAAACACGUGGUACAGUUCCCUGCGGCCUCUCUUCAACUCAGAGGAGAACAUCACCAUGUUUCCCAUCGUCACCGAUGGCAUCCAGAGGUACCUGGGCACCAUCCUGGGCUCUUCUGUCAUCUCUACUACAGUCCUGAUUGACGGACAGCCUGUCAGCAUGGCUGUACGCUUCCAGCUCCAACACAGAGCUCAGAAUCCUGUAGGGACCGUGUAUGACCCAGUCUGUGCAUUCUGGGACUUUGAUCUGAUGCCAGAGGCAGGGGGGUGGUGGUCUACUAGAGGAUGUGAGGUCAUCUCUAAACAAUACGACUCCACUGUCUGCUUCUGCAACCACACCACCAACUUUGCCCUGCUGAUGCAAGUCUAUGAAGUCCAGAGGAGUCCAGAGAAUGAAAAAGCCCUCCAGGUGAUGACGUUCAUUGGCUGUGGAGUGUCCCUGUGUGGCCUACUCUUCACCUUCAUCCUCUUCAUUGCUUUAGGAGUUCCUAAGUCUGACCGCACCACUGUCCAUAAGAACCUGAUCGUGGCUCUGGGAAUAGCUGAGCUGCUGCUAAUGUGCAGUGACUGGGCCUCUGCUAACGAGGGGGCGUGUCUGGUGGUGACGGCCCUGCUGCACUUUUUCUUCAUGGCCUCCUUCUCCUGGAUGCUGGUGGAGGGGCUGCUGCUGUGGAGUAAGGUGGUGUCUGUCAACAUCAGCGAGGACCGGAGGAUGAAGAUGUACUAUUCCAUCGGCUGGGGUCUACCUGUUGUGAUUGUUGGUGUAACCUUGACGAUAUCCUUGGACAAGUACAAAGCAGACAAUCACUGCUGGCUCAAUGUGGAGACUGAUAUGAUUUGGGCUUUUGUGGGACCUGUUCUAUUUAUCUUGGUUGUCAAUGCAGUGGUGCUUUGCCGGGUAGUCAUAGUGACAGUGUCCAGCGCUCGUCGUCGCGCAAAGAUGCUCACUCCCAGUUCGGCAUCUAAACUCCAUACCUUCGACCUGACCUGGGCUGUGACGCGACCAGUCCUUAUUCUACUGCCAGUGCUAGGCCUUACCUGGCUGUGUGGAGUCCUGGUGCACCUAUCCAUGAUGGUGGCCUAUGUCUUCAUCGCUCUCAAUGCUUUCCAGGGCCUGUACAUAUUCCUGGUGUAUGCGGUUUACAAUAGUGAGGUGAGGAAUGCCAUAAAGAGGAUCAAAGAGAAGAGGAAAGCCUUGUCUUUCACGAACUGUUCCCAGCCAAUCAGCUUUCUGCCGUCCCAGAGGGGUCCAGCCCAGACGUGGACCCACAGUCUGCCACCUCCCUCCAGCCCAGAGACCAGCGACAUCUCAGGCCCCGGCAGCACCACCUCCACCUCACUGGUCAUCAAGAGAGAGAGUUUUGGAAAAGAAAGUAGUUUCUCCUUGAAACCUGCAUCAGGAAACCAGGUGGUUCAACUGACUGCUUUCAAGCCCUCAGGCUGCUGAUGGAAUGUUUGGAAUUGGACACAAAGGCACAUUUAUCAUACAACCUGGUGGGAAGAAAGCGGAAUUGCACAGUGAAUACCACAAACAGAUACACACAAUAGAUGCAUCCUCUCUCAUACAAAUAUUGUAGAUGAUGUAAAUAGACACACACUCAAAAACUGCACGUAUAGAAUACACACACACACACACACACACACACACACACACACACACACACAUAUAUAUAUAUAUAUACACCCCACAUACAGAAUGAAAGACUCAAAGAUGUGCACACACACACACACACAGAGCGUGUGAAGCAGGAAGCGUUUUUUUUAGGGCGACAGCUCCUCCUCCACCACAGUGUCCCAUUCCCAGGGUCAGAAACCAUCUGCUGUUUAGGAAAUCGCUGUUCCAGAGAGGCAACACAACAUUUGUCGUGUGCAUACAGACCUCAGUUUCAUUCUCUUUUGCUGAGUGGCUUAUCACACCUUCAGUCUUUUUUUUACAGUCAUCUUUUUGUGUAUGUGUCGUUUUGGUUUUUACAGACAUAACUAGACAGUAGACGUUACGGUUUUUACAGACAUAACUAGACAGUAGACGUUACUGUUUUUACAGACGUAACUAGACAGUAGACGUUACGGUUUUUACAGACAUAACUAGACAGUAGACGUUACUGUUUUUACAGACAUAACUAAACAGUAGAUGUUACUGUUUUUACAGACAUAACUAGACAGUAGACGUUACUGUUUUUACAGACAUAACUAGACAGUAGACGUUACUGUUUUUACAGACAUAACUAAAUAGUAGACGUUACUGUUUUUACAGACGUAACUAGACAGUAGACGUUACUGUUUUUACAGACAUAACUAGACAGUAGACGUUACUGUUUUUACAGACAUAACUAGACAGUAGACGUUACUGUUUUUACAGACAUAACUAGACAGUAGACGUUACUGUUUUUACAGACAUAACUAGACAGUAGACGUUACUGUUUUUACAGACAUAACUAGACAGUAGACAUGACUGUUUUUACAGACAUAACUAGGCAGUAGACAUGACUGUUUUUACAGACAUAACUAGACAGUAGACAUUACUGUUUUUACAGACAUAACUAGACAGUAGACAUGACUGUUUUUACAGACAUAACUAGACAGUAGACUUUACUGUUUUUACAGACAUAACUAGACAGUAGAUGUUACUGUUUUUACAGACAUAACUAGACAGUAGACAUUACUGUUUUUACAGACAUAACUA